AUGGUGAACAGCAAUGAGCACCACGUGGAUGAACUGUUUCAUCAGUGUCUAAAACACUGUUUGAGACCGGUUCAAUGCAUAAACACUCCCUCUUUUAAACCAGUGCCAUUCAAGACUUUCAGGACAUUUCUCAACGCCAAAGAAUGUUGCUCCUCCACAGUUUAUCCUUUGUCUCUGCACAUCUCCUCACAAAGGAGGGAAGUUGUACACAGUGACUCAUGCCAGCCGAAUGGAUGGUCGACACAAAAAAUGUGGUUGAGCUGGAUUACUAGCAUCAACUUUGGGGUUGCCAAGUUAAACAGAAGCCUCGACUGUAACCUGUCAAUAGAUGCUACUGUGUAUUUGCUCAUGAUCUUAAAUGACGGAGAAGUAUGUGACAGGGUGGGUGGUGGUUUGGCAGUUUAUCAUCACCAUCACUUGACUCAUGUCAACCCCAUCCAUGAAAAGAACAGAGAGAGAGCAUGUAAUGUCUCAUUGUUGAGAGGCUCUCGCACACACCAAGACAAACUCAAAGACGAGUCUGGAACAGCAGGCGUGAAUAUUGGACUUAAAGUUUCAAGACGGACAGCCAUGCUCCUGCUGGCAGUGCUCCUGCUCUCUCUGACCAGCGUCACUCAUGGCUUUCAAUCACUGUUUGCACGGGAUGGAAAUUCAACCACCCAUCGGGAAAUCACCAUUCGUGCAGUCCUCCAAAAGACGGCCGAGGUCUGCCGGGACAUGGCUGCCGCUGAGGGUCGAGACUUCAGCCUGACUAUCGACGACAGUCUUACGCCGGAAAGAGUGCAGGAGGCCUGUUUGUGGUCAGGAAACGCGUCCUCCAUUCUCUCCACCGUCAUGUUCCACACUUCUCUGUCCAGCAUGACCUUCAGCAACGCGCUGGUGGACGUGGUGUACGAGCUCAGCGAAGAGCACCACUUCGACGACGAGACCAUCCAGGGUGGACGUGACAUCAUCACAGCAGGUGUGGCUGCUGUGAAGCGAAGUGUGAAGCAAGAGGACUUCAUAGCAGGUCGCUGGACCCUUGGCGCUACCUGCCACACCCUCCAGGACUUCUACAGUCACAGCAACUGGGUGGAGCUGGGGAAGACCUCACCGUACAGCAAGCUGAUCCAACCUGACCAACAACUCGACAAUCUGGCAGGUCCCGACGUUCCCACCUGCAGAAACUGUUCAGAAAAUGGUUGUGAUGACAACAUUCUGCCGGACCUGCUGCAGCAGGGACUCAUCACAUCGGGCUAUUUCAACCAGUUCUCCUCCGUGAAACCUCCUGGGAAAUGCAGCCACGGUGGUUCCUUUGAUAAGACCAGCGAACGAGACCCGGUUGGGGGAAUAAACAAGGAUACAAUGGGGUCCAGCCACGGUUCACUUCACCCCAAGGCAGCCGAUCUGGCUGUGAAUGCAACCAUAGAACUUCUGGAGGACAUCAGAUUGGCCGUGGGCGACAAGGAGUUUCUCCAAUUGGUGGGCCUCUCCCAGUCCUCCGUGCUGUGUUUCGUCAUCGACACCACAGGCAGCAUGAGCGAUGACAUCGCCGAGGCAAAGAGAGUUUCUUUUGACAUCAUUGACAGGAAGAAGGGAACGUCCCAGGAGCCGUCUGCCUACAUACUGGUGCCUUUCAAUGACCCGGGUUUUGGACCUCUAGUGACGACAACUGAUGCAGAAAUCUUCAAAGCCAGCAUUAACAAACUGACUGCCAGUGGAGGAGGGGACAUCCCCGAGAUGUGUUUGUCUGGAUUACAGCUGGCCCUGACAGCAGCGCCACCUUCCUCUGAGAUUUUUGUCUUCACCGAUGCUCCUGCUAAAGACGCUGAUCUGAAAAGCACAAUCACUGCACUGAUCGAGAGCACCAAGUCUGUGGUGACGUUCAUGUUGACGGACGUACGUGCAACCAGACGACGGCGCAGGGACAGCCAGGGUGUGGCCCCACGUUCAAUGAGUCAAGCAGACGCCCAGCUUUACCGUGACCUGGCCCGAGCCAGUGGUGGUCAAGCCAUCGAGGUCACAAAGUCUGACCUCCCAGCGGCCACGACUGUGAUAGAGGACUCGUCCGCCAGUGCUGUGGUGACAGUGUUUCAGGCAGCUAAGAACCCUGGCAGUCCAGAUACUUUUACGUUUACUGUGGACGGGUCACUCCAGAACAUGACGGCCUACAUCACAGGAGCCUCAUCGCUGACUUUCAACAUUACGAGUCCCUCAGGUGCAUCUCAGACAUCUAGUGAGACCAGUGGCCCACUGGCAUCAAUGACAACCGCAGGAAACCUCAGGCGUCUGAGCCUCAGCACCGGCAACCAAACAGGAUUAUGGGAAGUCAGCGUGAAUUCAAACGACCCCUACUCUGUUAAAGUGACAGGUCAGAGCUCAGUGAACUUCAUCUUUAACCUUGUGGAGGCCUUUGAAGGAGCUCAUGGGGACUUCAGUCUGAAGGAGGGACGACCUUUCGCAGGAGGGAAUAUCAGCCUCAUGAUCACAGUGACUGGAAGCGACUCAGUGAAGGUCACAGAGGUCACUCUUUUUGACAGCUCAGGGCCAACACAAGUCAAUGGAACACUGGAGUCUUUAGGUGGCGGCACCUUUCUAGCACGGUUGAACAAUGUCCCGGCAGGAGAGUAUGUGGUGCGUCUGAAUGGGGAAGAGAGCGGUUCCAUAUCCAGGGCAUCAGCAAGCAGCUUCCAGAGACAAGCCUCCACACAGAUGAAGACUUCCAGCAUCUCUGUCACCGCCGACGUGAGCAACACCAGCAUUGAACCAGGAUCCACCAUCUCCAUACCUUUCACGGUUGCUUCCGUGGCCAACGGAGUGGUCAAUGAGUCUGCGACAGGGACGUUCAAAGUACGAUCCAACAACGACCGCAGCUUCCCAUCUUCCUCACCCAGCUCUGUUACUGUUGAGGCUGGAAGCGGAGGGAAAGCCAAUGGCACCAUCACCGUAACGGUGCCCUCCAGUGCUGCAUCAGGCUCUGACCUGACUCUGACUAUUGAGGCAGAAAACGCAGAUGCUAGUGACAUCAACUACGCUGUGGUGCGGUUCUCCAUCACUGCCAAGGUGACGGACGUUGACCGGCCAGUGUGCCAGGUGGUCAGCAGAGCCAGCUGCCCCAGCCACUCGUGUUCCUCAUCACAGUGGGAAUUCAUCGCCAACAUCACUGAUGGCAUCAAUGGCACCGGCAUCGACAGCGUUCGACUCCGCCAAGGCAACGGGACACUCAACGUCAGCUCUGUCUCCGGCGCAGGAGGCGAGAACAUCACUGUGGCUUCCUAUAGCGCCUCCUGCUGUUUCCAGAGUGUGGAGUUGGUCGCUGUGGAUCGAGUGGGUAACGUGGGCUCUUGUGUGGGUCAAGCUCGAGCACUGACCACUGCUGCCCCCACCACUACAGCAAACACCACUUCCUCCGCUCCCUCUUUGAGUCCUAAAUAUUUUCUCUGGGGCAGCUUGUUGGUUUCUCUGCUUCUUAACAAGCAACGGGACACGACCAUCUAUGUCUACGAAGCAUUUGCCACCUCCUUUUCUGUGGACUGCAGGGAUUUCAGGGAGGGGGUUCCCCUCAAUUGGAAAACGGAAAUUGAAAAGAAGGGAAGUGAAAAUUCUGCCUGUCAGUUCAAGCCAAGAGACCGGAGGAUCAGUGUCCUGCAGUGGCUCAGCUUGCGAUUUGGGGCAUCAGAACCAUACACUGUGUCCAGAAAUGGAUGA